CUGAGAGCAUCUAAUAUUAGGGCUUCAAAAACCCCCAAACCCUCAGCUCUACAUUCUCCUUCGUCGCUUGCUCCCAAUCCAAAUCUCGAAUUGCUUAGUUUGCUUUGGUCAAGUAAACAAAUGACGACUCGAAUUGCGCCGGGAGUCGGUGCCAACUUGCUCGGUCAACACUCCGCCGAGCGGAACCAAGACGCCACUGCUUACGUCGGCAAUCUCGACCCUCAGGUUAGUGAAGAGUUGCUGUGGGAGCUCUUUGUUCAAGCCGGCCCCGUCGUUAAUGUGUAUGUUCCCAAGGAUAGAGUGACAAACCUACAUCAAGGAUACGGAUUCGUGGAGUUCCGAAGCGAAGAGGAUGCCGAUUAUGCAAUCAAGGUGCUUAACAUGAUCAAGCUAUACGGCAAGCCUAUUCGUGUAAAUAAGGCAUCCCAAGAUAAAAAGAGCUUGGAUGUAGGCGCUAACCUUUUCGUCGGAAAUCUUGAUCCUGAUGUGGAUGAGAAACUUCUCUAUGAUACUUUCAGUGCAUUUGGAGUCAUAGUUACAAACCCAAAGAUAAUGAGAGAUCCUGACACUGGAAACUCGCGGGGAUUUGGCUUCAUUAGCUAUGAUUCCUUUGAGGCAUCUGAUGCAGCUAUUGAGGCAAUGAAUGGCCAGUAUUUAUGCAAUCGUCAAAUAACAGUGUCAUAUGCAUAUAAGAAAGACACGAAAGGGGAGCGUCAUGGUACUCCUGCAGAGAGAGUUUUGGCUGCUAGCAAUCCUACCUCAAAGAGCCGGCCUCACACACUCUUUGCUAGUGGGCCUCCAACACUCCCCAACGGUGCUCAGGCCAAUGGUGCCAUGGGUGCUCCAGUGCCUCCACGUCCCUUUGCAAAUGGUGGUGUUGGUCCAGGUCUGAUUCCCCCGCUUCGGCCACAACCCCCUCAAGGUAUGGGUUUCCCGCCAAUGCAGAUGGCUGUACAACCAACUUGGCAAGGUCAGCCUCAACAACAGGGUCAACCAAUGAUGCCCCCACCGCCAAUGCAGCAGUUCAGACCUGCUCCCCCGAACAUGCCGCCACCCCCUCCACAGGCCGCUCCAGCUCCUCCACGGUCUCUUCCACCUCCUAUGGCGAUGGGAAACCAACAACAGAUGUGGCAUCCACCGCCUCCCCCUCAAAUGAGGCCUCCAAACAUGCAACACCCAUCAAUGCCGCCACCUCCUCCACUUAACAACCCACCCCUACCGCCUCCCAUGAGUUGAAUGACCUGAACUAGAGCAGUUAACGAUGGUAUGGGAUGCUUGUUUCAAUUUUUUUGCCUGUUAGGAAUUUGUAAUGUCUAAAUUAGUUGAAACAUGUCAACAGGAUUGCCUAGAGGCAGUUUCUUUGUCAAUGCAUGCCAAUCUCUACAAUGGGGUUUUCGAGAAUAGAAAUUCUAGUUUACUUGAAUUCAGACUCGAACUUUGUUUUUUUGUUAGUUCAUGAUAACUCUCAACGGUACUUAAAAAGUUUUGGAU